UGGCUCAUCUCUUCUUUGUUUUCACAGGUUCCUUGACCCUUGUAGUUAGUUAUGGCUGCUGGUUUGUCAUACAAAUUCAAAGCUCAGUGCCUUAUCUUCACAGUUAUUCUGGGCUUAAGUUUCUUCUCCACGCUCGCCGAGCUUCAGCGAUUUGAGCACCCAACGAACGCAGAUGGAUCACUUAACUUUCUCGUCGUCGGAGAUUGGGGCAGAAAAGGAGCUUACAAUCAAUCUAAAGUUGCUCAUCAGAUGGGAAGGGUUGGAGAAAAGCUUAAUAUAAAUUUCAUUAUCUCAACUGGGGAUAACUUUUACGAGGAUGGAUUGACAGGCAUUGAAGAUACGGCAUUUGAGGAGUCAUUUAGCAAAUUAUAUACCGCUAAAAGCUUGCAAAAGCAAUGGUACAAUGUUUUGGGCAACCAUGACUACAGGGGCGAUGUAGUGGCACAACUGAGUCCAAUCCUUAAGAUGAUUGAUAGCAGAUGGUUGUGCUUGAGAUCUUUCAUUCUUAAUGCUGAUUUUGUGGAAUUUUUCUUCGUCGACACAACUCCUUUCGUUGAUAACUACUUCAAUGAUCCAAAGGACCAUGUCUAUGACUGGAGAGGUGUCCUCCCUAGAACGGACUACAUCAGAAACCUUGUGAAGGAUGUUGAUUCAGCAUUAAAAGAAUCAACUGCAAAGUGGAAGAUUGUGGUGGGUCACCACACUAUCAGAAGUAUAGGUCAUCAUGGCGACACCCAAGAGCUUGUAGAUCAACUUCUUCCAAUCCUUGAGGCCAACAAUGUCGAUCUUUACGUGAACGGGCACGACCAUUGCCUGGAGCACAUCAGCAGUACUGUGAGUCCAAUCCAAUUUUUAACCAGUGGAGGCGGUUCGAAAGCUUGGAGAGGUGACAUUCACAUGGGUCAAGACGGAGUGAAAUUCUACUACGACGGGCAAGGUUUCGUGUCUGCAGAAGUGACUGAGACUCAUGCCAAGAUAGUGUUCUAUGAUAUUUCUGGCAAGGUUCUGCACAAAUGGAGUGCGUCCAAGCAGGGCUCUUCUGCAGCCAUGUAGAGCUAGGCUCUUAUAGCUAGAUAAGCAAAUAGUUCUGUAUUACAAUCCUACACUUUGUGAAGAGAAAUAGAAGAUACUUGCCCAAGUUAUG